AGCCCCUCAGGCCGGCAGUUGACUUCUGAAGUCCUCUUGUGCUCUUCCUACCCACGCUCCCUGACAGCUACCGGCAGAGAUGUGGAAGGCCUUCACUCCUCUGCUCAUUCUGGUGGUCGCCACUGCGGUACCACUGACUUCCGCCGACGAAGUUAAGUACUCCACCAAGUAUGACAAUGUGGACCUGGACGAGAUCCUCAACAAUGAUCGGCUCUUCAACAAUUACAUGGACUGCCUGCUGGACGAAGGUGACGAACGAUGUACCCCAGAGGGUAAGGAACUAAAGGGAGUCAUUCCGGACGCCUUGCAGACUGAGUGUUCGAAAUGCAAUGAGAAGCAGAAAGCGAGAGUGGAUAAGGUUGUCAAGUUCAUAAAAGACAACAAGAAGGACUCGUUUGAGAAGCUGAAGGCCAAGUACGACCCCGACGGCACCUAUUUCGAGCGCUACGAGCACCAUCUGAAAGAACUUUCAUAAGCGAGCUGCACCACAGAGAACACCAGACACCUAAUUGGACGCCUUGUAUUCCGCAAGGUCUCUUCAGGAGAAGUCACAAAUCGAUAACAACAUUGAUCAUAUUAUGUUACUUAAUGCCCUUACAAAUGUGGUAACAAUUUCCUUAUGAUACUUUCAGCUGCUGUUGUCAGUUUACUAUGUCAUGUAUUAAGAAUUUCCGCAGCGUCUUAAAAUAACGCUGUCUCCGAUGUUCUCAGACACUUCCUGAAAUGUAAAUACAUCAUACAAAAUGUAAGUUUUAUCUAGUUACUGUUGUUUGAAUGGAAAAUUUAAAGAGUGCUUGGUCAUCUCUGUAUUACCAAACAACUAUUUCUAAAGAAUGUAGCUGUUGUAGGUCACUUAACAUUUAUACUGUAUUAGAAAUUUAUUUCGCAUAUUCUGUCGUCUAUUUUGUUAAACUGUAGGAUUGGUUGUAAUUUGCUGCUUGAAAUAAAGUUUAUUUU